AACCUGUAAAACGCCUGCAUUUGUUUCUCCCUCCUAUUCUUCUUCGUUCUACUCAAUUACUUCGCUCAACAGUUGCUUCGCUCUUUCUCUCUCCUAAAAUUACAAUGACGAAGUUUAGGAAGCUCAAUCGACCUACAGGUCACCGUAUGUCCAUGCUCAGAACAAUGGUGUCUCAAUUGGUGAAACAUGAGCGUAUAGAGACAACUGUUGCAAAGGCGAAAGAGAUUCGAAGAUUAGCUGAUAAUAUGGUUCAAUUGGGAAAAGAUGGUUCCCUUUGUGCUGCUAGACGUGCUGCUGCUUUUGUCAGGGGUGAUGAUGUUAUUCACAAGCUAUUUACCGAGUUGGCAUAUCGAUACAAAGGUCGAGCUGGUGGUUACACAAGAUUGCUUAGGACACGUAUUCGAGUUGGUGAUGCAGCCCCGAUGGCGUAUAUUGAGUUUAUUGACAGAGAAAAUGAGCUUAGGCAGUCAAAACCUCCAACUCCUCAACUGCCACAAAGAGCACCCUUGGAUCCAUGGACAAAAUCAAAGCUUACCAGGCAAUAUGCAUCUCCUAAAGAGGAGAAGAUAUCUGAUUCCAAUAUUUAGCAUAUUCUGCUAUUCGGUGACACCGAUCUUCAGUAAUUUGGUUUAAUCAUGUUGUUCAUCAUGUUACGUCAAGGGAACUAAAUUUUUGUUGGUUACUUAACAAUAAUUUGUCUGUCAUCAUCCUAAAAUCGAGUGUCAAAGUUUGGUUGCAAGUAAUUUUGGACGAAGUAUACUCCCUCUCCCGUUUACCAAGAGGGCACCACCAUUUUUUUUUGGCAUUUGUAUAAAUACAUAGAACAAAUGAAAAUGGAGAGUUUAAAUAUUGUACUA